UCGACAUAAAAACGAAAUGCCUAUAGUGAAAUUUGAUGCCUAACACAGAACAGACCUCCUCCAAAGCCCGUUGGCUCCUCACUUCGCUAUGCGCCCGUCCAGCCAGCCAGACUCAACCUAAGCAGCGGUUCACUAACUCCUUCCCCCGCCCCAAGCUCUCAUUGUCCCCCUCCAAGAUGGAGGCGCUGGAGGUUUUGGGGGGCUACCCGACCAAGCCCUCGAACCCUCGAUCACGAAUGGUCAGGGUUCUACUGAGUAUGACUGUUGUUAUGGGAUGUUUAUUAACGCUACAUAGUUUUCUCAAAAUCACUAAGUCGCGGAAGCCGCAAGAUUUCUACUCUUUUGAGGUGAAGGACGCCAAAGGGAGAAGCGUUUCUCUGGAGAGAUACAGAGGCAAAGCGUCUCUGGUUGUCAACGUGGCGAGCCACAGCGAACACACAGAGAAUAACUUUCGCUCUCUGCAAGAGCUGCACCGGGAACUGGGGACGUCCCAUUUCAACGUGCUGGCUUUUCCCUGCGGCCAGUUCGGGGAGACCGAGAUGGGGACCAGCCGGGACAUCGAGGCCAACGCCAAGAACACCCAUGGCGUCACCUUCCCUAUCUUCAGUAAGAUCAAAAUCAUGGGAUCGGAGGCGGAACCAGCUUUUAAAUUCAUAACAGAUUCUGUAAAAAAGAUUCCGAAGUGGAACUUCUGGAAGUUCCUGGUGAACCCUGAGGGCCAGGUGGUGAGGUACUGGAAGGCAGAGGAGCCCGUCGAGAGUGUUCGUCAGGAGGCCACGGCCAUGGUGCGCGAGAUCAUUCUGAAGAAAAGGGCAGAACUCUAACAGCGUGGAACUUGUCAAGACAGGAGUGACUACACCUCUGAGUUCAAUUGAACGUUCCUGGGGUACUGUACGACGGAGGAACAUUUCAACACACUUUAUUAUGAUUUGACCACUUUGACAAACUUUGCAGAAGAUCAUGUUCAUUGCACUGUAGGUGGGUUUAGAAUUUUACUGGAUGGAUAUAGGACUAGAAUAGGAGCCUGUGUGUGUGUGUGUGUGUGUGUGUGUGUGUGUGUGUGUGUGUGUGUGUGUGUGUGUGUGUGUGUGUGUGUGUGUGUGUGUGUGUGUGUGUGUGUGUGUGUGUGUGUGUGUGUGUGUGCGUGUGUGCGUGUGUGUGUGUGUGUGUCUCUGUGUGUGUAAUAUAGAUUUUCUUUGUGUCAGUACUCUCUGGUAGCUGCAUGUACACAUGGCCAUCUUGUUCAGUUUGUCUUGUUCUGAGAUAGAUUAAAGACGGUUAUGUUUA